AUGUACGCACUCAACGAUCCCCAGACCUUAGCAGAAAGGGUGGGCCAAUUGGCAUCCAAAUCGUCCAAAAGGGUGGUUAUAGGCAUAGCAGGUAUUCCUGGAUCGGGGAAAACCACCCUUACGGCGAAAAUGUGUGAACUUAUGAACCAAAAAGGAUUCAAAACUCAAGGAAUCUCUCAGGAUGGGUUUCAUUAUUAUAGACAACAGCUUUACCUUAUGAAGAAUAGUCGGGAAGCUAUAGAACGAAGAGGAGCCCCGUUCACGUUUGAUGCUGUGAAGUUCCUUCGCUUGGUAGAGAAAUUCAACGAUCCUCAGUAUAAAGAUACGGAGAUAAUGGCACCGUCGUUCGAUCAUAGUAAGAAAGAUCCCAUAGAGAACGACGUGGUGAUUCUGCCCGACACAAAAAUCAUUUUUGUGGAAGGAAACUAUUUGGCAUUGAAAGAUCCCGUAUGGAAGGAAUUGGGAGGUUAUUUCGAUGAGAUAUGGAGAUUGGAGGUACUGAUGGAAGAAGCUAAGGAACGGUUAGUGGAGAGACACUUAACGGCUGGGAUUUGUGCAACUAGGGAGGAGGCACAAAGGAGAGCUGAGGACAAUGAUUUGGUUAAUGGGGUAUAUAUUUUAGAGAACCUGGUUCCUGCUACGAUAAGUAUUUCGUAG